GGGCGGAGUCCAGGCGGGCGCCGGCUGAGGGAGGGGGUGCGGUGGCUCUGGAGUCCAGCGCUCCCUGAGGCCGUGGACGUGAUGCUGGCUGCUGUGGGUCGGGCGGCUGGGCCAGCGGGGAUGUGACGGGCGGCCCCUCGCCUCACCUGCCGUCCUUUGGCCUGCAGGUCGCUGGGCGACCCGCAGCCGGGCCGCGGCUGAGGAGGCAGCGCGACCUCCGCACGAUUUUGUCAAAUUUUAAGAACAAAUGCACCGUAUAGCUCAUGGAAGAAAAAACACAAAUCAAGACUUUUUUGGGUUCCAAGUUGCCAAAGUAUGGAACAAAACCUGUAAGAAGUACACUGCAGCCAAUUCCAAAUGGAAAACCUGUUAAUUUAUUGGGAACGUCCAAGAGUAGCAAUGCCAAAAGUUACAUCAAAAAUAAUGGCUCUGAUUGUUCAUUGUCCCAUUCAUUUAAUUGGAGAACGGCAAAUAAAUACCAAUUUAGUGCACAAAGUCCUGAAGAGCCUAACGGUACUCAGAGUUCACAUGAUAAAGAAAUUGAUCCUGAAAAACAUGCACCUGCUCAAGGAAUGUUUGAUAAAAAUGGGAUGAAGGGAGGUUUGAAAAGUAUUUCUUUACUCACAUCAAAGUUAGCAAAGCCAUCUACUAUGUUUGUGUCAUCUGCAGAAGAGUUAAACCAAAAGUCUUUGUCUGGACCGUCUAAUUUGGGUAAAUUCACCAAAGGCACAUUAUUAGGAAGGACUUCAUAUGCUUCAGUCAGUGCUCCAAAAUCGCAGUUGAAUGGAUUUUAUGGAAACCGAUCAGCUGGUAGCAUACAAAGGCCUAGAGCAAACUCCUGUGCCACCAGAAGCAGUUCUGGAGAAAGCUUAGCACAAUCCCUAGAUAAUAUUAAAUCUCUUGCUUGUGAAAAAAUGGUUAGGUCACAGAGUUUUUCACAUUCCAUUCAGAAUUCAUUCCUUCCACCUUCAUCUAUAACCAGAUCACAUUCCUUCAAUAGAGCUGCAGAUCUUACAAAGCCUUAUCAGAAUCAACAGCUACCCAUUAGAGUGCCUCUGAGGUCAAGUAUGCUAACAAGAAAUUCUCGGCAGUCAGAAGUACUCAAUGGGAAUGAACAUUUAGGGUAUGGAUUUAAUAGGCCUUAUGCUGCUGGUGGAAAGAAGUUGGCUUUACCAAAUGGCCCGGGUGUAACUUCCACAUUGGGUUAUAGGAUGGUUCAUCCCUCUCUACUGAAAUCUGGCCGACCUCCAUUUUCUGGGACUAUCACAGUUGAUGGUAAUAAAAAUUCACUGGCUGACACAUGUAUAGAGGAAGAUGCUGUACUUGUGGCUAAGGACAGAGCUAAGGAUAAGGACCAAGAACUAAUUGAAAAUGAUAGUUAUAGAACAGAAAAUGACCAGACCAUGAAGCAUGAUGCUAAAAUUAGAUACCUGAGUGAUGAUGUGGAUGACAUUUCAUUGUCUUCUCUGUCAUCUUCUGAUAAGAAUGAUUUAAGUGAAGACUUCAGUGAUGAUUUUAUAGAUAUAGAAGAUUCCAACAGAACUAGAGUAACUCCAGAGGAAAUUUCUCUCAAAGAAGAAAAGUGUGAAAAUGUACCACCGAAGGAUAUAUUUGAUUCCCCCAAGGAAAAUGAAAAAUCCUUCAGUAAAACUGAUGAGUGGAUAGAUAUAAGUGUCUCUGUUGAAGACAGGAGUGAAUGUUCAAAACAUGCUUCUGGAAACAACUUGAUUUCACCAGAUACAGAUUACAGAGCUGGUUCUUCAUUUGAACUCUCUCCAUCUGAUAGCUCUGAUGGAACGUACAUGUGGGAUGAAGAGGGCUUGGAGCCCAUUGGAAAUGUCCACCCAGUUGGGAGCUAUGAGUCCUCUGAGAUGAACAGCAUAGAUAUUCUGAAUAAUCUUGAAUCAUGUGACCUUGAGGAUGAUGACCUUAUGCUUGAUGUGGAUCUGCCUGAGGAUGCACCUCUUGAGAAUGUGGAGUGUGACAAUAUGAACCGCUUUGACCGAUCAGACAGAAAUGUUCGGCAGUCUCAAGAAGGAUUUUGGAAAAGGCCACCCCAGAGGUGGAGUGGACAGGAACAUUACCACCUUAGCCAUCCUGACCACUAUCAUCACUAUGGAAAAAGUGACUUGAGCAGAGGCUCUCCCUAUAGAGAAUCUCCUUUGGGCCAUUUUGAAAGCUAUGGAGGGAUCCCCUUUUUCCAGGCUCAGAAGAUGUUUGUAGAUGUACCAGAAAAUACAGUGAUACUGGAUGAGAUGACCCUCCGGCACAUGGUUCAGGAUUGCACCGCUGUAAAAACUCAGUUACUCAAACUGAAACGGCUGCUGCAUCAGCAUGAUGGAAGUGGUUCAUUGCAUGAUGUUCAACUCUCCUUGCCAUCUAGUCCAGAACCAGAAGACGGUGAUCAGAUAUACAAGAAUGAAGAUUUAUUAAAUGAAAUAAAACAACUUAAAGAUGAAAUAAAGAAAAAAGAUGAAAAAAUCCAACUAUUAGAACAUCAGCUUGCAACUCGGUGUAACUGCCAUCAAAAAUCUAAAGAGGAAAAAUGCACAUAUGCUGAUAAAUAUACCCAAACACCCUGGAGAAGAAUUCCUGGUGGGUAUUCUGCCCCCUCCUUCUCUCCUUGGCAGGGCUCCUUCCAAGGCAUCCCACGGACUGUUCCACCGCACCGCAGACAGACCUCAAGUACUACAGCCUUCCAGCAGCCUUCCCAGACCCACAGACCACGCCCAGGGAAAACUAGUAAAGCCACAACAUAUCGAGGCCCACAGUGAGUGCAUAAUCCAGGGCAUACAUCAGGCUGUUGCACCUCUGGAUGAAAGCUUUACACAUGGCUUGCAACAAGAAAGCAGCAGUGGUCUGGAAGACCGGCCUUUUUCAUCAAGCCCACAAUUCACUAAGGAUGUGGUGGAGAGUACACCUUCUGAAGCAGACUUGAACAUGACCAUGAAUGCUCAAGAGCCUUAUCAUUUGGCAAAUAAUCAAAUUAGUGACAUGCAGUUUGUAACCACUUCUCUUCAGACACCUCCCCAGUCAAGUAUAGUAGACCAGGCUAAGAGAGUUGGAAGAAAUCAGUCUUCACCAGAGGGCUACACAUCUCAGCCCAAGUCCUUGAAGCUUUUUAAGCCAUCCAUCUUGAAUUCUGUGGUACCUCCUCCAGUUCCUGAAACGUGUCCAAGUGGGAAUCCCACUUGUAAGAAGUCACCAAUAACCACACCAUGUAAUUCUGCAAAACUCCAGCCAACAUCUAGUCAAACAAAUCUUGCAAAUAAUCCAAAUCCAAAAGCGUCUAAGCUCCGCCCCCCUGCUGGCUCUUUCAAACAAAAACAAAUAAGCAACCCCCGACUAGAGCCUCAAAACUUCCAGGCCAAGACAAGCAUCCCAAGGCCACUAACAAGAAGAAAAGAAAUCAUGCAGAAUCCUAAUGACAAUUUGAAUUCUGGGGAUUGUUUGGCCUCUAAUCAAUAUUCUCGUCUUCCUAAACCAAAGAUACAUUAAGCAUAGCCAUCACCUGCCAAUUUGUUUUUUUUAAAAAACAGUCUGUAAUAGCUUUAUGUGCAGUUUGCUACUGUGAUGGAGGUUCCAUUAAAAGCUUGCAAAUCUAAAAAUUAAAAUGUGGAAGCUUCUACUAGUUUGGCUCUUCCAUUUUAUAUCCUGGUUGAAGUACAUAGUAUUUGAGCAUAUUUGUCUCAGGUAAACACAAAAGUUUGCUUACCCAUUCAGAGGUCUACAGAAGGCUCUAAUCAUGUUAUCCAUCCCUCUGCACGUCAGAAAAUUCAUAAUAUUCCACUUAGCAGGCAACAAAUGUGCUUUGCUGAUUUAGUCCUUUUAAGGUCUGUAUUAAUUGUGGUUGUCAGAGCCUCACCCUUUUUCACUCAUCCCUCCUGUGAAUAUGGUUACUAUUUUAACUAAAGAUUUGGUGAUAACGGAAGAUGGUAGUCUGUAAGUAGAGUUCUGGCCAGUGAUUUGUAUAUUUAAAAGGUCUAUGCAAAAGCUCUGUGAUGAAUACAGGAGAUCAGGCUUUUAUUGGGAAGUUUAUGUAAGUUUUAUUUUUCUUUGCUAUAGUCUCAAUAUUUAUUUACCAGACAAAUUCCCCUGGCUAAAAAUGUUUCAUAUUAUAUAUAUAAACCAAUUAUAUGUUGCUUUAACAUCUUGUUUUACACACACACACACACACACACACACACACACACACCCCAUUUGUGUUUGUUUUUGUUACUGAAUAAAUUUUGGAAAGCUCGAGUGAGGAUACAUCUUGAAACCUGACAUAAAGAUGUAUUCAUUUGUAACAUAUGUUGGUGCUGGAGUUUUGCUGGUAAUUCCAUUUUGAACCCUAUCGGCUUAUGGAUCCAUGAUAGCUGUUUUGAGGUUCCACAGUAUAUAUCUUAAAUUAAGUCUUUAUUGUAAUGUUUAUAUUUAUUGACUUUCUGCUAAUAUCUGAAGACUGGAAUAAUGGACUUGAAAUGUUUGCACAGAACUUUGAUGGGAUAUAAAUAUCCCAUAUAUAGGGAUUUAAAACUAUUUUCUAUAGCAAAGCGAGUUAAAGUAUUUUGAGUAUAAUUAUAAAUUUAAGUAAGACUAUCUUGAGAAAACCGGAAUUCAUAAUAGCUGUGUUUUUUUGAGUUUUCCAGGUUUCCCUUUUAUGUUGGUGUAUGUUUGAAUGACAAUUUCUUGAAAGUAGAUUUGGGAAGAAAAAGAAAAUUGGAAAGGGGAAAUUAUGUUUUAUUAAAAGGUAUUAAAAGAUAUUUCAAUGGCAAUAUGUUUAUUUAUUUUAAUGUGCUAGGAAGGUAGCUGUGGAACUGCCAAGGGACCAUAUGCAUUAACCUAAUUAUGCUGCAGGCCGCUUGUCGGGUGGUUCAGUAAAUUUGCCCUCCUGUUUUCCCAAAUCAUGACAUCUCUAGGCUGUUCAACUGUUGCUGCUUUUGUUAGAAUUAAUGUCUUUCACACAGAUAGUAUUUACAGUGUCAAUUUUUGUUGUGAUCAGCUGACCAAAAAUUUAUCGAAAGGGUUUAUGGCCAAAAAAUCAGUCACUCAAAUUCCUAGGGAUCCCUUUAAAACAAUGUACAUCGCCCCAUUUUAGAGGAACAACACAGCAAGUACCCUAGCGGAAAUUUGAAAAGAGGUGUUUACUACCAUUUGAUGCAAUCUUCCCUUACCUAUAAGGAACCAUUUGAGUGAAUUUGCCAUUCACCGGAUAUCAGCCAUUCUUGGAUUUGGUAAGAGGUGAGCAACACAAAUCUAGUAUCAUACUCUCAUCUGACAGCACUUCUGCCAGAGAAGCACUAAAGUUUAGAAAGUUUUUCACAUAGUCCAGAUACCGUUACUAUGCUAAGCGAUCAGACAUAUCAGGAAGGCUCUUUUUUCUUCAUAGGGACAAGCAGUAAUAGCUGAAGCUGUAAGUGGGUACAUGUGGUUUUUAUUUUGAAGGAGAAAGAAAACUGAUCUCAGGUAUUGCAAAUGGGGUGUUUCCCUAAAGUAAAGCAUACUGAUUAGGAGGUCUUGGUUUAUUUAGAAAUUGAUAUAAACUCUUGUGAAACAAUAUUAACAAGUAGGCCUUUAUCUUUAGGGGAAAAUCUUUAAAUUUUUACUUUAUUUUUAACCCCCUAGUUUGAGGGAAAUGUCUUUAUUAAAAAUGUUGACCCCUGCAAUAUGUUUAUUCUAACCCUUUUCCUGCUCUGUUUUUUAUCCCUGAUGAAUUUGCAGAAAUAUUAAUCCAUCAGUUCAAUUUCUCUGUACCUUUGUUGAGCCUUAAUCUUGGCAGAAGGCUCAUUAAUAUAAUUAUGAAGCAUACUAUUACAUUUAAGAGAAAAAAAUCUAGGAUGCUUGCACGAAACAACAAAGUAUUUGCCUGCUGUUUUCUUUAAAAACUGCAAGAAUAUUAUGCUAGUCUGCUCCUUAGUAAAUGUUAAGUCAGAAAUGAGGUGAGGCUGUAGCUCACCUGAAUAAUCAGAGCUCACUCAGAUUUGGCUUGAUCUCUCUUUAGUGCUUCUGUAAGUCAACUCUGUGCCAAAUCCUCCUGCACAGGAACUCAGAUCACUCUUUUCCUUGGUUCUUGUGAUUUCGGUGAAGAUGGUGGCAGUGUAUGAAUUCUAAAUCCCAAGGAAGAAGUCUUAUGGGCAUUGGUUAAGUUUCACAUUGGUGAAAGAGAAAAUAGAGUAUGUAGAAUUAUACAUUUGGCUGUUAAUGGGAUGCAUAUAAAAUUCCUUAAAGACAGCUUGGCUAAGGAGUUAAUCAGUACAGGUGCAGAUGAUUUUAAGGCAUUAAAGGAUUGUAUAGUAAUAUCAUUUAGAAUGUUUCUAAUAACUGAGACCCUCUAGCAUUUUUCUUUUGGAGUCUCAUUUUAAUUUGUGCAAUAUUUUCAGGCAUAUAGACUACUGUUCAUUGUAUUUAUAUAGAUGUUAGGGAACUUUACUAAGUAUUUUAACAAGUAAAAAUCUGAAUAUGAAAGAAAAUAUCAGAUUUGCACUUUAAAUGAGCUUAAUUGCUUGGAGUUGUGCCUGAAAUAUCGAAAUGCCUCCUAUCGGGUGUGGCUUUCUUUGUUGAAAUGAAUUUCUCUAUAAUUGUUGCUGUUCGAAGUACAGCCUUUCACAGUUGUAUUCUAAGCAUGUCACUUUUUCCAUUAAAGCACUGAGUUCUUUGAAUGUUUCAUUGUCCCCUUAAGUAUUUUACUCAGAUGCAUCAGAGAGAACAUGGUCCCCCUAGAGCUGUCACUUCUAAAUCUUCCUGUAGCAUGGAUGGUGUAACAGACACAGAGAUGCACUCUUCAUUUCUGAGCGGAGUUGUCAUGAUGGUUUCCUGGUCUCUAGGGCACUGAAGAUGUAAUUUGGAAUCACCAAAUAGGCUUGCAGUGAAGAGCAGUAAGACUGCAGCAUAGUUUCAGUUUACUCUCAAUCUUACAUAAUAGUUUUUGUGUUUAUGAAUUAGUUGGGGUGGUUAUGUUUGCAUGCUUAUGCACACAUUUGAACAUUAAUUAUAGCUGUAAUACAGAUACCUGAUGUUUUUCCUUGGGGAUGAUGGCCUUGCUAUUUUUCUUAAUUCUGAUGCCUGAAUUAUAUUUUAAAAUUUUCUUUCCACACCUCCCUUCAAUUUUUCUGCUGCAGCAAUUCGAAAGAGUAUGUUUGGGUAAAUGAUUAUGAUGGUGAGCACCAAUCUACAACUAUGCUGUUAAAGAUACAUCAGAUGUUUAAACUUUGUUGGGGGAAAGCUACCCACUUUCUCCUUGGUAAACCAUCGCCAUAACAAAAUAAUACUGACCCUAAGAAUUUAAAAUCUCUUAAGUCACUGCUGACUAAAAACAGAAACACCACGAUCUUUAAUGUCUGCAGUAUUGUUUUUCCCAUUGAUUUAAAAAACCAGUUCAGAGUAAAUACUGUAUAUUAGAAUUUGCU